AGGGCAGGGGCAGCGGCCGCAGCCGCAGCCGCGCCUGACAGCGGCUCCGCGCCGCAGGAUCCGCGCCCCGCAAGGACGUGCUCCGCCGAGCUGCCAGGCGCGAUUACGUUGUUUUUUCCCCCCACCCACCCCUUGAACUUGUUGCUUGGCGCUCGGCGGUGGCGGAGGGGGGUGGGGGUGGGGGAAAGCCUUAUUAUCGAUGUCCCUUUGGAUGCGAUCAAGCUUUCUCAGGAGCAACUACUUCCUCGCCGUUCCCGGCGGGGCGCGGAGAUCUAGCGGCAGAGCCCGUAUUUCCAAAAGUCUCUAUGCAACUGAGCGCUCUCGCCAGACUUUCACAGUACCUGGACCAGAACUGUCUCUAGAUUGACUCCCUUAGGUGUAAUAGGCAUUUGGAACCAUGGCAGCAGGAGUAGCAGCUUGGUUACCCUUUGCCAGGGCAGCGGCCAUAGGAUGGAUGCCAGUGGCCAGUGGUCCCAUGCCAGCUGCUCCACGGCAGGAGAGAAAGCGAAGCCAGGACUCUCUAAUUGUGCUGAAUGUGAGUGGCAUCCAGUUCCAGACGUGGCUGGACACCUUGGAGCGCUACCCUGACACUCUUUUGGGCAGUUCAGAGCGGGACUUCUUCUAUCACCCUGAGACACAGCAGUACUUUUUUGAUCGGGACCCUGACAUUUUCCGCCACAUUCUCAACUUCUACCGUACCGGCAAGCUUCAUUAUCCUCGCCAGGAGUGCAUCUCAGCUUAUGAUGAGGAGCUGGCCUUCUUUGGUAUCAUCCCUGAGAUCAUUGGUGACUGCUGUUACGAGGAGUACAAGGAUCGCCGACGUGAGAAUGCUGAGCGCCUGCAGGAUGAUGCUGACCAGGAUAAUGUACCUGAGAGCUCCUUACCCUCAAUGACAGCUCGUCAGAGGAUGUGGCGGGCCUUUGAAAACCCCCACACUAGUACACUGGCUCUGGUCUUCUACUAUGUCACUGGUUUCUUCAUUGCUGUCUCUGUUAUUGCCAAUGUGGUGGAGACAGUGCCCUGUGGGGUAAGCCCGGGUCGCAUCAAAGAACUGCCCUGUGGAGAGCGAUAUGCAGUGGCUUUCUUCUGCCUGGAUACUGCCUGUGUCAUGAUUUUCACAGUUGAAUAUCUGCUACGUCUGCUGGCAGCCCCUAGUCGCUACAAAUUUGUGCGCAGUGUUAUGAGUAUCAUUGAUGUGGUGGCCAUCAUGCCAUAUUACAUUGGCCUGGUUAUGACAGAUAAUGAAGACGUCAGUGGGGCUUUUGUGACAUUAAGGGUCUUUCGUGUCUUCAGGAUCUUUAAGUUUUCCCGCCAUUCACAGGGUCUGCGUAUCCUGGGGUAUACCCUGAAAAGUUGUGCCUCGGAGUUAGGCUUCCUCCUCUUCUCACUCACUAUGGCCAUCAUCAUCUUUGCCACAGUCAUGUACUAUGCAGAGAAAGGUUCAUCAGCCAGCAAGUUCACCAGCAUUCCUGCAGCCUUCUGGUACACCAUUGUCACCAUGACAACACUGGGGUAA